AUUAUUAUUAUGUCCUAUUUCUAUACUGGCCUAUCUCCCUUUCAGCAGAAAAAAAUUACCUUAAGACUUUUUAAAUGACUAACAUUUAGAAAAUUGAAUUAAUUUUAUGGUGGAUUAAUCCUAAUCUUCCAUUACUGGAAAUAUGGGUUUUUAAUAGUUAAAUGGUAAAAAAAAAAAAAAAAAAAAAAAACAAAGGAAUUUAAUUCAUAAUCCUCAAAACUGAUGAGACAGUACAUGGAUAUGGAGGUCAAGACCAUGCCUGGGAAGAUCAGUAUCCCUAGAAGGUUCAUCUUCUCAGAAGGAAAGGCUAUUGAGCAUCCAGAUUACCCGCACUACAGUAACCUCUUACAGAAAAUGAACAUGCCCUCUGUGAAAGGACUUGAAGACAGACAUAACUGUGUCAGAUUUGAAAAGAAAUGCAACCCUACAUUUUUAAAAUUUCAUCCUUAUCCACCUUCAGUCUUGCCGGACUAUCAUCUUCACUACCCCUAUCCCCCACCAUAUGGGAGGGCAUAUCCAUUAGCACCAUUGCGUGACGAUGUGCCCUUGGGUGACCCCUGCUCAGGAUUUAUGAGUCCUGGUGGAGAUGCUAAUUUAAAGCCUAAUAUAGGCAGAGCCAUACCAAACCUGGUGAGUUUCCAUGAUGUGAAACCUCAAAAUCGAGUUCCUAGACCAGACAAAGGAUUUCAAACAACAAUAAAAAGGCAAACAAUACUUGCAGAAGAACUAAAACAGGAUAGGAGAUGGAAUUCCAGGAAAGUGCCAGACAUUUCCAUCAAGGCAAAGCUUGGAGGUUGGACAAGCCCAAUGAAGGUUGUUCCUGUACCAGUCCAUGAACAUGAAGUAGGCACACUAAGUCGCAUAUAUACCUUUGACGAGGAGGCAAUAAGUACAGAUGAUAGUGAACCACUUGUCCAGCUAGACAAGAAAUAUAACAUAAAGGAUUCAUUUUACAAAUCCUCGACACAGAAAGCUUAUGAAGAUGUUCCUUGGGACAAGAUGCUACCACCAAAACUUGACCCAGAAGAAACAACCGUGGAAAAAGCUGCCGACCACAUCUCACAGUGUUUUUCACUGAAAAGAUAUGAAAGACUACCAGCCAUAACCCAGAUGGUCGGAGGACUUUGGGACAGAUUUCAGACAAGAUUGUUCUCAGCGCCAGCCAAACCAAUCAAUUUUGUGAGUCCAAGUACUAGGAGUAAAUACAUUCCUCUGUAUACUGGUCAUGUGCAGAGCACAGACGCUGACAAUGUGGACAAUCCCUACGGAGAUAUCAAGUCUGUGGCCAGUCCUAGGCACUCUAAACUUCAGUAUACAAACUCAAGCCGGUCUGCGAAUAUCCCAGGAUACACUGGCAAGGUUCAUUUCACAGCCACCCACCCAACAAAUUCUAAUAUUCCAUCAAGAGAGCCAUCAGCAGAUUCGGAGAUGAACCGCCUCUUACUACAAGAAAUGAGAGUCGACCGCUUCCGUCACCAGGGCCCAAUGUCCCAAAUGGUGACAACUGUGAAGCCCUACAACCCUUUUAACAAGAAGGAAAAAGAAACCCUUGAGUACUGAAGGAGACCACACCCCUGAGAAACUUCUCAGUUCAGCCAGGGGAUGGCUUUGUACACAGUGAUGAAGAAAAAAAAAAGAAGAAGAACACAGAAUGUUCUAAGUGUGUCUGUCUUUCUGAAUUUAGGGUAGAUAGAAAAACAGCACAUCGAGGCCUGAGCUCAGACUCAGGGACACUAUCUAAAGAUAGAUAGAAAAAAAUCAUUCUCUCUCCUCUUCCAGAAUCUCUGUUGUAGAGAAUGAAGCAUUCCUGUGUUCCCUGAGGGUCCUUGGGCAGGCAGGGCCAACCAUAUACAUCAUCAGAUUAGUGUGGUCUGACUAUGCCUAACUAAUGAGAACAUAAGCAGCAGAAGCGCCCCAGGGUCUCCCCAGUACAGUUCUAUUCAUAGGUUCAGGAAACAUGUACAUGUUAGUUUGUGAACAUCUGAAUGAGCCUAUUCGAGUUACAGUGUACUUUUAUAAUCUUAUUUAAUUUGCAUUUGAUGUUGCAACCCUAUAAUACACUCAUAGAACACUGUACACAUAACUUGCUGUUUUAUAAAUAAAACACAUAAAAGCUAA